AUGCAGUCCCCAUUCUCUCUACGAACGGAUAUCUACCCACCAAUAGACCCCAGCAUUUUGGCGGGAUCUCUGAGAGGCAAAAAUGCGCUGGUGACGGGGUCUGGCAGAGGAAUCGGUCGGGAGAUAGCUUUGGCAUUGGCGAAGGCUGGAGCCAAUGUGGCCAUCACUGGACGCACCGCGAGUGAAGUGGAGUCAACAAAGGAAGAGAUCCUGCAAUUGGGCUCGGUGAAAACCGUUGCGAUUGUCGCAGAUGUGCUGUCCCGACAGGAUCAGGAGCAUUUGGUUCAGCGCGUACAAACCGAACUCGGGCAAAUCGACAUUCUCAUCGGCAAUGCCGGAUCCAACACCUUUCAGCCUUUCCACCUUACCGAUCCCGACAGCUGGUGGAAGAUGAUGGAGCUGAACGUUCGAGCUCCAGUGGAACUGACUCGGCUGGUUCUCCCAUCGAUGCGGGCACGCAACACGGGUACGAUAAUCUACACCUCAUCUCGGGCGGCCACGAUGGAUCUACCAUGGACGACAAGUUACAACUGCUCCAAGACCGCUAUUACGCGUUUUGCGGGAACGCUUCAGUUGGAACUGGACCAGGUACAGCAGAUCGAGUCUAGUAUUUCCAAUGGGAUCAGCGUGUUCAGCAUUCAUCCUGGGGAAGUCGAUACCAAGCUCCACGAGACGGCAUUUCCCGAGAAAACGAAGCGAGAGGCCCCGUAUGUCAUUGAGCAUAUGGAGAAAAUGGGAGCCAAGAGACCGCACUACUCUGGAAAUCUUCCUGCAUGGACUUGUGUGUGGUUGUGUGCUGGAAAAGGGGAAGCCAUGAAGGGCAAGUAUGUUGACUGUACUCGAGAUGUUGAGGAACAAAUGGCUGCUAUCAGCGCCAGGGAUUGA